CACAUUUUGAACACAAACACACGCAAUAAUUAAAUAACUGCACGUGUGGAAAGGGUGUCAAGCACGGUAUUCAAUGCACGAUAUCUUAUGAACUAAAAGUCAGAUUAGCAAUUAGACGUCGCAGAAGUUCUUAUAUCAUCCUAUACUAGUUUCUGGCUAAAAAAAGUAGCGAUCGUUAUAAUUGAAGAAUUGCAUUUGCACAAUGGCGUGCAUCAAGCGUGCAAAAGUAGAUCGUCCGUAGAAUCUUUUCAGCCCGCCCCGCACAUGUUUCAAUAGAGGCUGUAGUACAAGGAUAUACUCGAUCAACAUAUUUUGGAUACAUAGAUCACAGUCAGAGGUCAAAAGCAAAGACUCGUUCACGAAAGAAUCUUUCUCAGCUUAUACCAACCAAAGAUAGAGAUGUGUUCAAAACAUGGAUGAUCAAGGUAGGAAGAAUUGAUGAACAUCCUUCUGAAGAUGUUGAUCAAGAAGCUAUCAUCGAUCACGAGAUCCAGAAACAACACAAGUUGUGCACUAAAAGUUUUCACGUUAAGUAUAUACGUAGAACGAAACAAAGGGUCAAGCUUACCGACGAUGCAGUUCCUAUGACUGAACAAGAAUACCGUGCAAAUGUAGCGCGUGAACGUUUAGCAUAUGAAGCAUUAGAACAGCAGAGGUUAGUCAACGAAAUGGUGCAAUUGGGCUUACUUCAAGAAAAUUGCCGCCCGACUCUGCGUUCAGGUAGACGACCACUUAGUACCAUACAACCAGAUGAUAAUCCCAAAACAGUUAAGAAGCGUCAUACAAAGGUAGAUUCGACUACGAUACAACUAGAGGUUAAGACUGUAGCUCUAACUAAAGGUUCUUCGAGAUUAGCAGCUUUAGAAGAAAAGAUGGCACAAUUACAUAGUGAUAUAAAGAGUGCAGAAGAGAAUCUCACUCAACAAAAGAUAGAACAUAAUAUUGAAUUGAAUUUAAUGGAGGAUGAAUUGAACAACAAGCAACAUAGACUCGACGGAAUGGCGAAGAACUUCAAAGAGACUCGUAUAUCCAAGCUAACAUAUGAGUAUAUAUCCCAGGAUGUAGAGAGGGUUCGUUUUUGUACCGGAUUCCAGACUCCCACCAAAUUUGUAGCUUUUGCGGAAAAUAUUGAGAAAUACGGUAAAGCGUUCACACCUGGUAGAAGUUCACUCACUAUUCAGAAUGCUCUGUAACUGUGGUUUGCCAGGGUCAGGCACAACUUAGACCAGGGUGUCUUAACACACUUAUUUGGAUUAACAUGUACACAGACCGUAUCUAACAUUCUUAAUGAUAUGAAUGCAGUUAUUUUGAGCUACUUCCGGCAUCCUUCUAACUGGAUGCUCUGCGGCUGCCUUGCUUCAUGAAGAAGUACCCAACAACAUCACUAGCAAUCGAUUGUACAGAAAUUUUUAUCCAGACUCCGUCCAAUCUCGACUUUCAAAAGGCAACAUACAGCAAAUACAAACAUCACAGCACGGUCAAAAUGCUUGUGGGGACGUCAGCCGCCGGGCACUGUCUCCGUUGUAUCCCGGGAAGAUCAGCGAUCAAAAGAUAUCUAACUUGUGCAAGGAGUCCCUAUGCGCGAAGAUGUGGCCUGGUUUGGCCGCCAUGGGUGGCAAAGGAUUCCUUAUAGCUGACUUGUUGCCGGCUGGAUGCACAUACAACGUACCGCCAAUGUUGCGUAAAGACACUCAGUUUACUACUGAGCAAAAUUUGGAAACAAUUAAGAUUGCUUCAUCAAGGAUUCAUAUCGAACGAGUCAAUGUUCAGAAUGUUGGCGCAAGAAUUUCGCUUAGUUGACAUACACUCUUUUUAUCAGUUUCCAUAGCCUCCGAACCUUCCGAACCAACGAUGUGCAUUGAUUCUGUAAACUUAUCCUGACGCUCGGAAACUGUUGUUGGAUUUUCGAUGAUUGUCAGGUAAAUUGGGCGUUAUACGUCUUCGUCUAUAUUUCCAGUGACAAAGCUUGGUACAUCCCAUUUACUUUCCUUACUUGUGCACAGAUUGCUGUCUUCGUCAUCGUCAGAUUGCUUUAUACUGGAAUCAUAUUUAUACCUCUCAAAAUCAUUCGCCGCCGCCCAACCACUUUGUUGAACCACAGUCCAAACUAAAGAUGCUACGUGCACACAUUUACGACCUAUGUCAAGCGGGCAUACGCAAUAAUCCUUCUUCACCCUAUAUUCUCCCUCUAAAUGGCUCGUUAGCAUCGCAUAUUCUUCCAUAGACGACGAGAUUUGUGAGCGUGGGAUACUUGCGCAUACAAAUACAUCCUUGCUACUAUUACCCGAAAAAUCCGCGCCGAAACUAAUAAUCUUCCAUUUAAAACGACAUAUAUUCUUAGCCUCUUGAUAAAUAGACGUAUUCACAUUUUGUUCUACUUGCGCAGCUGUGCGCGAGCGUCCCUUGUUGUAAGCAGUGAUGCCAAAGAAGUCUAUUAUUACCUCCGUUCGUAUAUAGGGGAAUUUCUGCCAGUUGCCAGACUUUAUGAUAAUCAGAACGAAUAGGUAACCCGGCUAUAGCCACUUCAUUUAAUGGCAUCUCAUCUUGACCCGAAAGUGUAACACACUUAGUUCUCGUUCGAUCAAAUACCCAACUAUUUCUGUUCGCGUGUAAUCCUUCACGGAAAGCCUUCUCACAAUGUGUAGAAAAUGGCGGUCUUAAAGCUUUCUUUAAAGCCUCUAAAAUAUCAUCUGUUCGGACUUCUAUACAUGUUGAUAGGUGUUCGAUCACAGUCGACAUCACUGAAUUCAUACACAAUCCAAAUAAAGG